AAUGCUUUUAUUUUAGAUAUUCUUGGUUAAUUAUGGAAAAUUAUAUCGUAAUCAUAGAAUCCACCGAAGACAUAUUUCACUGCCUCAUCUGUAAUGAACACUUUUCAACGGGACCCAGUUUUGAAAAGCAUAUGUUUUCGCACACUCACGCUGAAAAUUAUAAUGGAACUGGAGAUUUAAACAAACAUGCAACUGACAACAUACUGGGAACUAGUCAGCCUACCAACUCUGAGAAUAUCACAAGUAAAACUGGCGACGAAGAGAAAUCUGAUGAAUCUGGAAAAUCCAAAAAUUGUGAACAAAUUGGUCCGACCCCCAAAUUGGACGGGAAGUUGGAAACCCUGUCACAUGUUCAUACUAACACAAAGCCAAUGCGAAAUUUAAAAACCAACUGUAGAGAUGAACGAUUUAUUUGCCCGCAGUGUGGAAAGAACUUGAAAAGGGGAUAUAAAUUAAAUGUGCAUAUGAGGACUCAUACUGGGGAGAAACCUUACAUUUGUAGUAAAUGUGAAAAAGGUUUUUCACAAUUUUGUAAUUUACAACGACAUGAGCGAACUCAUACUGGAGUAAAACCUUAUGCCUGUACGCAAUGUGAAAGGAGUUUUUCAGAUUUAUCGAAUUUACACGCACAUGAGCGAACUCAUACUGGAGAGAAACCUUUUAUUUGUAAAGAAUGUGGAAAAUGUUUUUCACGAUUAACUCAUUUAAAUAGACAUGAGCCAACUCAUACUAGGCGAUUACAUAAGCAUUAUCGAACUCAUUAUGGGAAGAAACAUGCUUGAAAAUGAUGUGGAGAGUCCUCAAAUGUAAGACAAACUUCUAUUCCGACUUAUAAACAAUAUGGAAAGGGCUUUACACAGAGAAUACAUUUCAAACAGCAUUUCACCUUUGAAAGUCUAUGUGAAUAAAGUGCUCAACUGAAUAUUUUUUUAAAACCUGCCCAAGGAUGCAAGUGAGUGAAUGGUAACGCAUUAUGUAUUUUCUUCUAUUUUUUCACAAUUGUAUUUGUGGAUCCAAUCCCAUGUCCCUGUUUGAUUGUAAAUGGGUAUUUAUGUGUUUAGUUUGAUAAAAGGAUAUAUUAAAUAGCAAUGAUAUUG